AUGAAUGACCGCGAGUUUCGGGAGUUCAUGUGCAUGACUGCUCUGGAUGAGCAGUCCAAAGCGGGUCAGUACAUUCUGGUUGCAAAGGAAGGAGCCAUACCCUGGAACACUACGAAAUGCGCAGAAGCAGGUAUUGACUGCCCGCUGGCCUCGGAACUGGAUACAGUCCUGCGAUGCCAGGAUCUCACAUUAGCAAAUGGAGAUCGCAUCGCACCAUCUAAAUAUGUUGCCUAUGGUGAGAAGGACUUACCCAAGGUCGGCCAGGUUCAAGAAAUCCUCGUGCACCCAACACACAAGUCCUUGAUCGGCAUGCUGGUUGUUCCAUGUGUUCUUGAAUCGGAGAUUGAGCCUUACCGUUUUCCUCGCUGCCGGCGUGUUGCAAAUGCACAAUGUCUCCUGAGUUUUGAGGAUAUCUUGUGUGCGGUGAGCACGAUCCACAACUGUGCUGAACAUGGUUGUGUCAGCACUAUGACUCGAAAUGUCAUUCAAGAACGCCAAAUUACCAUUAACCGAGAGUCUGAGUACUUGCACAGUGUGGAGCCUGAAGAUAGACUCUUGAAUCUGGCGCAGCUGCGCAGCUCGAGCAUAAUACAGUCACUCCAUCACGUACUCCCAGAACCCGAACACCAGACGUGUCAAGAAAUGAUCAAAGCAGCGGUGCAGAACCGCAAGGAAUGGGAUCUUACCCAAAGCAAAGCGAAAGGCAACACAUCCGCUAAGAAACGGAAGCAACCCAAUGCUCCAUCAGCACCUAAUCCACACCAAGCGACGCGGGCACGCACCAAUGGACAACUCUGCAGCAGUCACAUCGAGGAGACUACAUCAACAGCUGUCAGUGUCCCAGGUGCUAUCCCUUCAGCUGAUGUGAGGGACACGUCACAAUGUGCAAACAACGCAUAG